AUGCCCGACGAGUCGAAGGGGAAGAGCUUCCCCGAUGUUUCGGCCAAACUAUCAGCGCUUCCGAAGAAAUCGCUAUUUGAGCGCCAGAAAGCUGAAGCUGAAGCAAAGCGCAUCCGGGAGCAAGCUGAAAAUGCCGCCGCGCUAGAAGAUUUUGUGAAAUCAUUCGAUGAUGAGGCUCCGGCUGGGCCUUCGCACUCCGAUGGACGGUUGAGCACACAUGGGGGUAGGGGUGGUGGAUUCGGCGCGCCUUCCAAACGACACUUUACAGGGUCUUCAUCACGAAACAGUGGUCCAGGCACAUUAGGCCCCCCACCCCCAUCACUUUCCCGCAAACGUCCCCACGACGGUUUCUUCCCCGCUUCGCAUCGCGAUCAACACCGGCCCGAGAACGCCACUAUGUCUACCGGAGGAAUUCCAGCAUUCGGAGAUACCGGGGCUGAGAGGGCCGCUGAGGAGGCAGAGAGAGCUGCAGCCAAGCCCACUCUGUACCUAGGGUCGCUUCCACCUGGGACAUCUCCGUCGGCCAUCAAAGCUAUGAUUCCUCCUAUCCUGACCGUGGAUGAUGUUAAAAUUGUACAACCACCUAUUCAGGCUCCAACACAGAAGCGGUCAUCUGCCGCCAUCGUGAUUCUUGCCAGCGACACAGCUGCGUCUGACAUCGACUCCACCGUAAGCACCCUCCAAAACAAGUACAUUGGUUGGGGCUACUACCUAAACAUCGCCCGGCACCUUUCCUCUGCCGCCAUAUCCUCAAACAUGUCUUUGCCUGUGGGCCUCUCAUCCACCCCCCUUCUUCCAUUUGGCGCCAAGCUUGUCCAACCCAACACUAGCGGGGGAUUGGGUCGCGCUCCCCCACCCGGAUUACACCAUGGAGGCAUUGCACCGCCCACAUCCUACGGACCUAAUGCCGGCAAAGCUGGCCCAACUUAUGUGGUGGAAGUAAAAAUACCAUCUGAUAUCACUCAACUGAGAACCAUUCACCUAACGCUGGAGCAUUUGUUGAACCAUGGCCCAGAGUUCGAGGCGUUGUUGAUGAGUCGACCAGACGUUGAAAAGGACGAAAAGUGGGCCUGGCUCUGGGAUGCAAGGUCUACCGCGGGUGUCUACUACCGCUGGAAAUUAUGGCAAGUCAUCACAAACCCCACAGGCGACAAGCGCAAGGCCCGUCAGCCCGCAGUCAUAUUUGAAGGUGGUCCAACCUGGCUGCCUCCGGAACACGAUCUCAAAUUCGAAUAUGUUACUCGCCUUGAAGAAUUCGUCUCGGAUGAAGAUUACAACUCCUCUGAUGAAGAAAACUCAGAUAGGGAGGAUGAACAUCGCAAUCGCAGUGGAGCACCCCCAGAGGGGUCUGAUGGACAAAAUGGCAGUGGUGGCUACUUGAACCCUCUGAAGAAGGCAAAGUUGACUCACCUUCUUGCACGACUUCCGACUCACCAUGCAACGCUUCGACGAGGUGACGUUGCACGCCUAACAGCAUUUGCCAUGGAGCACGUUGAAAGAGGCGCAGACGAGGUUGUGCAGUUGAUUGUGCUGAAUGUCCUAAAACCUCUGGUGUACACUAGUGCCAACCCAGACCGUGAAGCUGAACUGAGUCUCGCCUCAUCGAAGGAACAGUCUGACAUGACCACUGAAGAGAAAGACCAGCUUGCAUUGAAAAAAGCAAUCGAUCCGUCUGGUGCAAAGCUUGUGGGUCUUUAUGUCAUUUCUGAUAUCCUCUCUGCUGCAAGCAACAGUGGCGUCCGACACUCUUGGCGCUACCGACAUCUGUUUGAAAAUGCCUUCCGCGCACACAAUGUUUUUGAGCACCUUGGUCGACUUGACAAGGACCUCAACUGGGGACGGAUGAAGGCACAGAAGUGGAAGGAUAGUGUUGGGUGGCUCCUCAACCGCUGGGAGGGCAUGAACUGUUUCACUCAACCGAACCAGGAACAUUUCACCCAGGUCCUCGAGAAACCACCUCUCACCGAGAGCGAAACACGCCAGGAGCAAGAGAAGGCCGAUGCUGAGAAGUCUGCCGCGGCAUUUGCCAAGAGCAAGAGCCGUUGGAAGACAGUUGAUGAAGAUGGGUCGGCAGGCCAGUCUAACGCCCCUCGCCUUGAUGACAAAUUGGCAAAGGCUCAGCCCAAUCUGACCGAGGACGAAUCACUGAGUGACAUUGACGGUGUGCCCAUGGCAGAUAGUGAUCAUGAAAUGGAAACCGAUGAAGGAAGGAAGCCCGUGGAGAAAGCCCAGCUGCCAGCGGGCCAGGAAGCUGCGCCUACCCAACCACCUCACCCAGCUCAAUCAUCCGACAACCCUGAAGGUUCAGCUGGGCAGCAGACCCCUGAAACACGUCGACGCAAGCCGCGGCCCAAGGCGGAGGACAUGUUUGCCUCUGAUUCGGAAUGA